AUGAGUGAAAAAAAGGCUGUUAUAAAAAAUGCAGAUAUGUCUGACGAGAUGCAACAGGACGCAAUUUCAUGCGCUGCUGCAGCUCUUGAGCGACAUAAUGUGGAAAAAGAUAUAGCAGCAUAUAUAAAAAAGGAGUUUGACAGAAAAUAUAAUCCAACAUGGCACUGUGUAGUUGGCCGUAAUUUUGGUUCUUACGUAACGCACGAAACCAGACACUUUAUUUACUUUUAUAUGGGCCAAAUUGCAGUGUUAUUAUUCAAAUCAGGAUAG